GUAAGUUUUGGAUCGUCUUGGUGUGCAGUGCGAGGACAUGGGCGCGAUGGAGAAGAGGUUGAAGGAGAUGGGGAUCAGGUACAUGAAGAGGACCAUCAACGAGGAGGAGGGUUCGCCGAUCGACCAGCUCUUCUUCAAGGACCCCGAUGGCUUCAUGAUCGAGAUCUGCAACUGUGAGAACCUCGAGCUCGUCCCCGCCGGCGCGCUCGGCCGCCUCAGGCUCCCCCGCGACCGCCACAACCCGCCUCUCCGGAUGGAUGGCGGAGCUCGCCGAGCACGCGGCAGGCAUGGUGCGAGGGACGGCGCCAGGCGCCCGAGCCGCUCCCUCUCCGGCGUGUUCAAAGUGUUUGACGAAAUGUCAAGCACAACUUGA